AUGGGACCCAAACAAGACCCCAAGAAGGCCACCUCCAAUGGCUCUAUGGAGAAGAAAGAGAGAGUUGUGAGGUACAGAGAGUGCAGGAAGAACCACGCCGCCAGCAUCGGUGGCUACGCGGUGGACGGCUGCCGCGAGUUCAUGGCGUCAGGGGAGGCGGGGACGAGCUCUGCCCUCCACUGCGCCGCCUGCAACUGCCACCGGAGCUUCCACAAGAGAGUGGUCGAGACGGAGACCGACUGUGACUGCUCCUCCGUCUCCAGUUCCCGGCGGUGA